GCCGACCUGCACACCCCCGCUUGCGCGCACCCCGACGCCCACCUGCCCGCCCGCUAUCCGCUGCCCACCCACUGCCCGCUGCCCACCCUCGCGGGGCGUGUGCUUCCGCCGAGGUCCCGCCCAGCGGGUUUUGCAAACGCCCCUAAUUGCUCAACGGCCGGAUGGCUGGAGAGGGCGUGCCCGCGCCUGGCGGUCCGGCGACGGCUCCGACGCCCCGCUGCUGUUAAGCCCGCUUCCCUCCCGACCGGGAGCGGCCUGGGACGGGGGUGUGGAUCGUCGGGGCAAGCAGAGCCGCGCGCGCCCGCGGCCGUAGGGAGGGCAGGGCGUUUGGCGACGCUCCCCGGCGGUGACAGCGGGCGGCGCCCGCGCGCUGCGGACUUUGGCGACGCUCCCCGGCGGUGACAGGCGGGGCGGGGCGGCGGCGCGGCGGCCUCAUUCCGGGGCGGGCGGGCGCGGAGCGCGGCGCGGGCGGGCGGACGAGCGGGCCGGGCCGCCGAGGAUGCCGCUCGGGGCGCCGCGGUCCUGGAGCCAGUGAGCGCCGCGCCGCAGCCAUGACGGUGGAGUUCGAGGAGUGCAUCAAGGACUCGCCGCGCUUCAGGGCGACUAUCGACGAGGUGGAGACAGAUGUGGUCGAGAUCGAGGCCAAACUGGACAAGCUGGUCAAGCUGUGCAGUGGCAUGAUCGAGGCCGGCAAGGCCUACGUCACCACCAACAGGCUCUUCGUGAGUGGGGUGCGCGACCUGUCUCAGCAAUGCCAGGGAGACACCGUCAUCUCGGAGUGUCUGCAGCGGUUUGGAGACAGCCUGCAGGAGAUGGUCAACUACCACAUGAUCCUGUUUGACCAGGCCCAGAGGUCCGUGCGGCAACAGCUCCACAACUUCAUCAAAGAGGACGUGCGGAAGUUCAAGGAGACCAAGAAGCAGUUUGACAAAGUGCGGGAGGACCUGGAGCUGUCCCUGGUGAGGAACGCCCAGGCCCCCAGGCACCGGCCCCACGAGGUGGAGGAGGCCACCGGUGCCCUGACCCUCACCCGCAAGUGCUUCCGCCACCUGGCACUCGACUACGUGCUCCAGAUCAAUGUCCUCCAGGCCAAGAAGAAGUUUGAGAUCUUGGACUCUAUGCUGUCCUUCAUGCACGCCCAGUACAGCUUCUUCCAGCAGGGCUACAGCCUGCUGCACCAGCUGGACCCCUACAUGAAGAAGCUGGCGGCCGAGCUGGACCAGCUGGUGAUCGACUCGGCCGUGGAGAAGCGGGAGAUGGAGCACAGGCACGCUGCCAUCCAGCAGCGGACACUGCUGCAGGACUUCUCCUACGAUGAGCCCAAAGCGGAGUUUGACGUGGACGCGCCUAGCGGGGUGGUGAUGGAGGGCUACCUCUUCAAGAGGGCCAGCAACGCCUUCAAGACAUGGAACCGGCGCUGGUUCUCCAUCCAGAACAGCCAGCUGGUCUACCAGAAGAAGCUGAAGGACGUGCUGACCGUGGUGGUGGACGACCUCCGCCUGUGCUCCGUGAAGCCGUGCGAGGACAUCGAGCGGAGGUUCUGCUUCGAGGUCGUGUCGCCCACCAAGAGCUGCAUGCUGCAGGCGGACUCCGAGAAGCUGCGGCAGGCCUGGGUCCAGGCCGUGCAAGCCAGCAUCGCCUCCGCCUACCGGGAGAGCCCGGACAGCUGCUACAGCGAGAGGCUGGACCGCACGGCGUCCCCCUCCACGAGCAGCAUCGACUCGGCCACGGACUCCCGGGAGCGCGGCGCCAAGGGCGAGAGCGUGCUGCAGCGCAUGCAGGGCGUGGCUGGCAACGGCCAGUGCGGCGACUGCGGCCAGCCGGACCCCCGCUGGGCCAGCAUCAACCUGGGUGUGCUGCUCUGCAUCGAGUGCUCAGGCAUCCACAGGAGCCUGGGUGUCCACUGCUCCAAGGUGCGGUCCCUGACGCUGGACUCAUGGGAGCCUGAGCUGCUGAAGCUGAUGUGUGAGCUGGGAAACAGCACUGUGAACCAGAUCUACGAGGCCCAGUGUGAGGGGCCGGGCAGCAGGAAGCCCACAGCCAGCAGCCCCAGGCAGGACAAGGAGGCUUGGAUCAAGGACAAGUACGUGGAGAAGAAGUUCCUGCGGAAGCCGCCCUCCACACCCGCCCGGGAGGCCCCUCGGCGCUGGCGGGCCCUGAAGUGCCCCGGCCACCACAGCUCGCCCCGCCCCCCCACUGCCCGCCGCAAGGUCCGGAUGGAGCCUGUCCUGCCCUCUGUGGCGGCUCUGUCCUCAGGCGCUGUGGAGCGCAGGUUCCGGCGGGACUCCCUCUUCUGCCCCGACGAGCUGGACUCCCUCUUCUCCUAUUUUGAUGCAGGGGCUGCUGCGGCUGGUCCACGCAAUCCCGCAGGUCUGAGCAGCGACAGUGGCUUAGGGGGGAGCUCCGAUGGCAGCUCCGACGUCCUGGCCUUCGGCGUGGGCUCCGUGGUGGACAGCGUCGCUGAGGAGGAAGGCGCAGAGUCCGAGGACUCCAGCGGCGAGGCGGAUGGAGAGGCGGAGGCCUGGGGGCUGGCGGAUGUGCGCGAGCUGCACCCGGGGCUCCUGGCGCACCGCGCGGCUCGCACUCGUGAUCUUCCCGCGCUGGCCGCGGCGCUGGCCCACGGGGCUGAGGUCAACUGGGCCGACACGGAGGACGAGGGCAAGACGCCACUGGUGCAGGCCGUGCUGGGGGGCUCCUUAAUCGUCUGCGAAUUCCUCCUGCAAAACGGGGCGGACGUGAACCAAAGAGACAGCCGGGGCCGGGCGCCCCUGCAUCACGCCACGCUCCUGGGCCGCACCGGCCAGGUCUGCCUGUUCUUGAAGCGGGGCGCCGACCAACACGCCCUGGACCACGAGCAGCAGGACCCGCUGAGCAUCGCCAUCCAGGAGGCCAACGCGGACAUCGUCACCCUGCUGCGUCUGGCGCGCAUGGCAGAGGAGAUGCGGGAGGCGGAGGCGUCCCCGGGCCAGCCCGGCCCCCUGGCGGGCAGCAGCCCCACGGAGCUCCAGUACCGCAGGUGCAUCCAGGAGUUCAUCAGCCUCCACCUGGAGGAGAGCUAGGGCGGGCGGGCCUGGGAGCGGUGAGACCGGCCCCCUGGCCCAUUUCCGGAGCGUCCGGCCCGCAGCCUGCUCUGUCCUCCUCGGAUGGGCAGGGGAGGGACCCUAGCCCCGCGUCUCCUGAAGCCCCACGUCUCCCCAGAGGUGCUGACCCUAUGUCCUCAGGUGACUCCCUCGGGGCCUGGGCUGCUCCUGUCGCAAACCACUCUCAAGGCUCCGGUGCCCCUACCACCCCGUCCCCAGGGCCCAUGUCCUUUUGUGUCCCUCUGACCCGGGGCCCAGGGCACCUGUGUCCCUCUGUCCAGAGGCCUGUGUCACCGUGUGCCCCCCUUUAUUGCCCCAGACACUGACCUGCUAGUUGGGUCCCCCCUCCACCCCCGGAGCCCCUGCACCAGGCCCCCCUGAGGCUGGUGGCUGGCCAUCAGCCCCAUGCCAGGGCAGAAGGGGCAGCCCAUCCAGGGAAUCAACCCGUGUACCUCACUUAGCAACCCCAGCGUCCCAGCUGGGCUUCUCGGGUGCUGGGGGUGGGAGGGGGUCUCAGCCCUGGCUGGACGCAGGCGUCCCGAGGCCGUGUGGCUGGCCGCGCGAGCCUCAUGCCGGGCAGCCCUAGACCGGCCCUGCCUCCUCCAAAGUCCUGGGCCCGGAGCAGGUGCAUAAAGGACGUUGGCACUUUGCGCCUGCAUCUGCCGCUUCCCGUGGGCGGAGGGGCUCUCUGCGGCCCUGUGUUCUCGCUUGUCUCGCCUCUUUCUCUGGACUCGGGAGGACACCUUGACCUAGCUCUGUCUGCCGGGGGAGGCCCCUGCAGCUCUGCCCCCCACUCGCCAGCUUGCCGCCCGGGCAAGGCCCUCUGAUGGGUCCCAGGUCCCUCCGCUCACUCCCCAGGGCCCACACUGCCUUCUGUGUCCCCGUUCCUGGAGCCCUGGGGUGGCGCUGGGCCUCUCCCCAACUUGGGUCCCGGAUCGGGCCAAGGCCAGCCCAUUGGUCUCUAUGCAAAGGCUGCCCAGGAGGCUCCAUGGGUGGCCAGGCGGGCACUGACCGGCCCCCCCGACCCUCACCUGCAGGCUGUGACCCUAAAGAGCAGAAUUAACUCCUUCCUCUCUUCCUGCUUGAGCUCUGCCCCACCCACUGCCUGUCAGUGCCUCUCGCCUGGGCCUCAGGCUGCUGGGACCGCCCACUCCAGAUCACUCAGUAAUAAAUGCCGCUUGCACCCGC